AUGACUUCGGAUUGCAUAUAUCCCCACAUUGAAGAGCGCCUGGUCCCAGCCCGCGAAAACCAAGACUAUGAUUCAGAAUGCGCAAUAGAACACUACGACUUCACCUAUCGGAAAUGGACGAGUAAACAAGAAUUUAUAUCUCUCAUCAGAUCCCUCAGCACUCUUGAUCUGCCGAGUGCACACCACAUUGAAGACGUACAAGACAUUUCAGCCGACGACUUAAAACCGAUCUUCAACCUGGAUCAGUUCGACGCCAGCAACAAUGCCAGGGGUAAUGUUCCUGAGCUCCGCAUUUCCAAUUCUUCGUCACCGCCUGACUAUUCUACCGACCGUACAUCCUGGGGAAACGCCGAUGACAUCCCAACGCGAGCACCAAGCGCAGCACUAGAAGAUCUCCCACCUCUUGUCAGAUGUCACGAUGUUCCCGCAAUGGGAUACGCGGAUGACUAUAACAUGGGCAUAGAGAAAUCGGUAUUAUCAAACUGGUCCUUUUCCUCUCUUCUAAACGCCGAUUAUGACGAGCAUGUUAAGGAUGGUUCAGGUGCUGAGGGCGAAUCACUUGACUCGAGCUUAUCCUCAUACAAGGAGGAUGCAGUUAGGGUUACUGAAAGCAAGGACGAUGAGGGUCGGGCUUUCAUUUCGCUGGCAAGCAGUACAAUACCAUCACGGCCCUUGCAUAUGGACGCCCUACAUGCAAAUGAACGGGAGCUAUAG